AUGGAGGUUUCAGCGAAGACCGCACAGCUGCACAAGGCUGUCUGCAUGGCGCCGACACCCUCAAUCCACUCCUCGCGCUCUGUGUCCCCCGUUGGACUAGCGGAGGAAGCAGUACCAAACGAUCCGCUUAACGUGCAAAAAAAGAAGAAGAAAAAGAAGACAAAGAAGUCUGCCAAACCGAAGGACUAUGCUAAUGCUACGCCCGCUCCUGCAGUCGCAGGAGAAACGGACGAAGAUCAUCCUCCUGUGCUAUGUAUUAGCAGGAAUAAACACUGGCGCUAUAUCAGCUCGUAUCAUGGGCCAUGGCUACAACUUCCACUCGAGUUAUUAGAAUCGUUACUCGUACUCAACUUGGAUCCAGCUACAAUCUCGGCGGCCGACGCACGCUUGCCCCCGUUACCUUCACCAACCACACCAAUUGCUGGCCAGAAACAACGCGACCGCGGUUUUGCCAGCUUGGGUGACCAUUCUCCUCCAGAUUCACCACGCAGCACGUUCGCCAGCCUGCCUCCGCCUCCGCCUUUCCCCACCCCUAAACCGGGGAAGGCUACUCCUCCACCCAUUGACCCUGGCGUGUUCCGCUCUGUCUCUAGUAUCCGGCGGCUCAUCGACGAAGCCUCAGAGCUAUCUGUGCGCGCGAGCUCCGGCCUGUCUGCAGCUGCACUAGGUUCACUCCGUGGAGGUUCAGGGUCAAACAAUAGCCCUUGGGCGACUGCGCAGUCCUUGGGAAUCAAUCCACUGGGAGACAAUGGUGGUGGGGGCAGGAACGUCACUAUGUCUGCGACGCGCGUGCACCGACUGCGCGCACUUGCAGUGCAGAAGUUGGCUGCUGCAUAUAGAACAGAUGAAAUUGCCUCAAGCGUCAUGGUGAUGCAAGGAGGAAGCGUUUUCGAUGAUAUCGCUGAGCGAGUGCUCAAAGUUGAUCCUCACGACGUCGAUGCACGAUAUGUACAUUUUUUCCAUGAGAAGAUACCCUCCAGACAGCUGGCAGAGUCGACGACCACAGCUAUAUUGGACCAAUUGAUCGCUGCAUACCCGCAGCGCCUGGAAUUCUUCCGGACGCGCGGCAUAGUCCACUGUUUUCGCGACGAGUACGCUCUCGCAGUCAAGGAUUUCACGCAUGCGAUCAAGGAAGCUCGUGCCGUUCGUAAGGCGAAGCACCACAUGAAUGGUAAUCAGACUAAUGAGAAACAACGUGGGAAGGGAAAGAAAGGGAAGGGAAAAUCUGGCAGCGGAAAGACGAAGGGACAGGCUCCCCCGAGUGGUACAACUGCCAGUGCGUCUGCUGGCGACCUUCCUACAGUCGACGGCCCGGAUGGAGAGUCACUGUUGCUGCAUCCGUCUGUCCUGCCGGAUGCGCCUGAGCCAAUUGAGCCGCAGUGUCUCUUCCUCCGCGCCGCUGCAUACUUGCAACAUGCUGUUUAUCUCAUCGAGGACGCUAUCCUCAACCUUGAAGGUAUCCGCAAGGUGCCUUCUGUUGAUGGUGCGGAGCUCAGGCUCUGCUAUGUCGAGAACGGGAAGUAUGGGGGUGUUGAGAUCGGGAACCCAGAUGGCCCGCUUGGAAGGAGGGAUGGUGCAAAGCUCAUGGCAUACAGGCGAGUUAUGGCCGAAGAGACCUUCCGGGAGCAGAUCAUGUCGUUGGUCAAGAAGAGCAUGCGCGACCACGAGAAGUUCCUCGCUCAUUUUGACACGCUUGAGGGUGUUCCGAACACCGCGUAUGGUGCCAAUGCUGACAUUGCUCAGAGGACGGAAUACGCCCUUUUCCUUGUCGAGUCUCUUCGCCCGGGCAGCCAGACAUCUCCGUCGCAACUGCCGGAGUCUCCAGCCAUGUUUACCACGUACCAUCCGCUUCUUGUCGAGUCGCAUUUUAGCCUCCUCAUAUGUCAUCUCGUGCUUGGUGACUUCCCCGCCCUACUUCCGGCAUUCGCGCGCACCGCUGCCGUCAUCGAUGGGUUGGAAGGGUAUCCCGUGUUCCUGCCGCCGCGCUCAAUGGCUCAAGCCGAGUUCUUGGAGAUUCUCGAACGCCUGGCGGGUGGGUGGAAGAACGGCGUUCAGCCGCACUCAUUCAGCCGUGCCAAUUCCAAGCUUGCCGCGAUCGAAGCGGCAAGGUCAUCCAAAGCCAAGGAGGUCGAGCGUGUGCCCACCCCGCCAUCGCCAGAUUUCGAUCGUCUUACGAUUGUAUCCACCUCGUCGACCAAGACGUUAGGCGUAAAUGGCUCUAGCUCCAGUACUGCGAUUCGUGCGUCGCCGGCCCCGUCUGGGCGUGAGACGCCUGCCAGCGCCGCCGGCGGUGCCAGCGGCGUCGACCUUAUGGAGUCAUUGGAUUGCGCGAGGAUCCUGCUUGCACCUGUCUUUGCGAAGCAGUGCGGCAAGGCAGAGCAAGCUGCUGCGGACAAGUCUUCGGCGAAGGCCAAGGGGAAAAAGAAGUCGCUGAACAUCAAUAUUCCGCUGCACGGGCCACGCGUCGAGGUUAUUCUCGCAUGGCUGGGAGCUGUGCAUCUGUAUGACUUGGAUAGUGUUAGCUGUUGA